CGCAGGUUCGAGGCCGGCAGCCGUCUCUCGGAUGCGCAGGCUGGGGGGAGCCUGGGGCAGCCUGCCAUGAGCCAUGGCCUGCGGGGGAGGACACCACACCCCGACUGGGAGGUGAGUGUGAGGCAGCCUGAGUGAGCUGUGUGUGAGGGCAGCCUGAGGUGAGCUGUGUGUGAGGGCAGCCUGAGGGUGUUUGAGGAGAGGGCAGCCUGAGGUAGCUGAGUGUGAGAGGGCAGCCUGAGGUGAGCUGUGUGUGAGGGCAGCCUGAGGGUGAGCUGAGUGUGAGAGGGCAGCCUGAGUGUGAGCUGUGUGUGAGGCAAGCCUGAGGGUGAGCUGUGUGUGAGGGGCAGCCUGAGUGGGGUGAGCUGUGUGUGAGAGGGCAAUGGAGGGUGAGCCGUGUGUGAGAGGGCAGCCUGAGGGUGAGCUGUGUGUGAGAGGGCAGCCUGAGUGUGAGCUGUGUGUGAGGGCAGCCUGAGUGUGAGCUGAGUGUGAGCUCAGGCUGAGGGUGAGCUGUGUGUGAGGGCAGGCUGAGGGUGAGCUGUGUGUGAGGGCAGCCUGAGUGUGAGCUGUCUGUGAGGGCAGCCUGAGGGUGAGCUGUGUGUGAGAGGGCAGCCUGAGGGUGAGCUGAGUGUGAGAGGGCAGCCUGAGUGUGAGCUGUGUGUGAGGGCAGCCUGAGUGUGAGGUUUGGCUGAGUGCAGAGAGGCUGUAAUGGGGGUGCGUGAGGGUUGGCUGAGUGCAGAGAGGCUGUAAUGGGGGUGCGUGAGGGUUGGCUGAGUGCAGAGAGGCUGUAAUGGGGGUGCGUGAGGGUUGGCUGAGUGCAGAGAGGCUGUAAUGGGGGUGCGUGAGGGUUGGCUGAGUGCAGAGAGGCUGUAAUGGGGGUGCGUGAGGGUUGGCUGAGUGCAGAGAGGCUGUGAUGGGGGUGCGUGAGGGUUGGCUGAGUGCAGAGAGGCUGUAAUGGGGGUGCGUGAGGGUUGGCUGAGUGCAGAGAGGCUGUAAUGGGGGUGCGUGAGGGUUGGCUGAGUGCAGAGAGGCUGUAAUGGGGGUGCGUGAGGGUUGGCUGAGUGCAGAGAGGCUGUAAUGGGGGUGCGUGAGGGUUGGCUGAAUGCAGAGAGGCUGUAAUGGGGGUACGUGAGGGUUGGCUGAGUACAGUAAGGAUAAGAGAGAGCUGAAUGAGGACUGGUACAAUUUGCAGAUCUAAUGAAUCCCCUGCUUGGUUAUGUGCCAUAUUGUUAUUUUAUGCAAUCAUUAAUGGCCCCACUGUCACUGCUAGUUUCUUUCCCAAACUUCCAGUUAUUAAAGUCAUGGGAGUUUAUGGCUAACCUUUAUUACGCCAGUUGUUACCUACUACUAUUUGCAGAUUCUUUAUUGAAAUGAGACUUUGCUGAGCCUUCUAUAAAGGGCACCUGUCAUGCCCCAAACAUUCUGCUUAUUAGAUUGAGCAUAAUAUUGUGUGUAUACAUUAUAUAGCAGUUUUACUAGCAAAUGUAUAGAUUAACUGAGGCAUAGAUGGACAAGGAGUGCACAAGAGACCUCCCACAGGAGGUCCCUCUGCUCUCCACCCAUAACAACCGCAGUGCUUGCGCUAUGGUUGCUAUGGAAACUUCCUAGCCGGGAGAACUUAUAUGGAGUAUGUGCCAACUUAAUUGACAAGAUUUGCCUUGUUUGGGGAUGUGAAGACUUCGGGAAGAAUGCAGGCAAAGCAGAGGACUGCCAGAAGGUGGGUGUUACAUGAAGAGUAACACCCACAAGGAUUGAAGAUGGCAUCGGUGGAAGAGAAGGAAAAUGAGUAAAUCUGUAUAUUUUACAUUAAAUUCACUAUGUAUUUUUGUGAUAUAUGGUGCAUUUAAUGUAUAUGGGGGCGAUUUCAGGUACGUUUAUUUUUUUUCAUAACAGAUUCAGCUUAAUGUAGUGUCUCUGGCAUCUAAAGCCUUUUCCUGCAGCCUAAGUCCUGUGAACACUGCAUUUUAGAGAAAAGUCUGUGUUUACAUUGCUGGCUUCUCUAGCGGUAGUUACACCGACGUCCACUAGAGGUGCUUCCGCUCUGCAUUGAGGCACUGAACGUUACCCAUAUUCAGAGGCGUAGUUAGAAACCACAGGGCCCUGGAGUGAAAAUUGCCCUGCCCCAAUACAUCUUCCCCACUCCCCCUCCAUUUGAAUCAUAUAACACAUGCCGACACACAGAAUGACACUAAAACAGAUACAGACACAAACUGACAUACAUGUGGAUACACAGAUACACAUAGACAAAUGCAGAUACGCAUACACAGAAUGACGCAUACAGAUACAGUGACACACAUACAGACACGUAGGGGCACACACUGACACACAUGCAGACAGAUACACACGUGCAGAAAAACAGAUCCAUACAGACACAUAUGCGGAUACACAGAAUGAUACACAUAGAUAUAAACAGUGACACACAUACAGAUACAAACGAGCAGAACACACACACGUGGAUACACAGACGCACGUACAGACAGAUACAUAUAGACAUGCAUGUACACAGACACAAUGACAAACAUUCAGAUACACAGAAUGACAAGCAUACAGAUAUAAACUGUGACAUACAGAUUUAUAGGGGCAAACACUGACACACAUGAAAACAGAUACCCAUACAGAUACCCAUACAGAUACCCAUACAGACACACAUGCAGACACAAAUUUUUUUAGUCUCCCUCCUGCAGUUUCUGCUAGUAUUUUUCCAUUCCUGUAUUAAAAUGACAUUUGUCAUGUGUUCCCCUGCAUUUAAACAUAGUUUUACUAGAGGGGCACUCUAGACACAUCACAUCAUCUCACUGAAGUGGUUUUGGUGCCUGGAGUCCCCUCGUAUUGCCCCUCUGUUCUGUAUUAGUUUCUAAAUGUCUAACCCUGGAUUAGUUUCCCCAGCAGUUCAGCCUCUACUGGGGGGAAUGGCAUGCCAAUUUAUACCACCUCUGGCAGACUGAUAGACUGGUAUUGUCAGCAGAGCACUCUCAACCUGUACUUGGUGAAGGCUCUGGCUGGAUACCCGCUGCUUCCAUGCUGGGAGGUUUUCAUUGUUACCUCUAGGGGUUGAGCACACUUCUACUAGUAAUGGGAUGGGACAUUUGUUUGGGUGGUGAGGGGGGAUGACUAGUUGUGCUGCAAGCUCAGAACUUCCACUGCAUUACACGUUUGUCUGUUACACAUGGGUAGAAGCAUAGGGGGAAUUGUGCAGGUUUGUCUCAGUUAAUUAAGUAUUUUAGGGUUACUCCCAAGCACCAUGACAAUUUCAGGGAUUUAAAGUGGUUAUGGUGUAUGCAGUCUGCAUGUGCAGUGUGUUGCUUUAAAACACUGCACCAUAUACCUCCUUCAGCAUCAUUAGCCAGUCCGGAACGAGUUCCAGGAUAGCAAAUGUCAGUUCUGUGCCUAUUUCUGUUUAUUCAUUGGCUGAAGGUGGUGAGCUGACACUAUCAGCUAAUGAAUGAGCGGCAUGAUCAGCAUCCAGCUUCUGCAGCUUUGCAGAAACAGGAUGUGUGUCACUCGGCACCAGAGGAGAACAGGCGCCUAGCGAGGACCCAUUGCAAAACUGUUUGCCACAUUACCAGGAAACCGGAUCAGGCUAUUCCUGGCAUCAUAAAUUCCACAGCAGGCUGUAAUGCAUGUGAUGCUUGGAGUAAAUCUUUGAGCAUUUUAUGCCCCAUUUUUAAAGAUGGGGAAGGAGUAGGCAGAUUGCUCUAUGAUUUUAGGUAAUGGCAGCCAUUUUACUGGCCACCUUGGUGAAAGGGACACUCUAAACUGAAAGUAACUUUGUGACGAGCUGCCAAACCCCUUAAUGAGAAUCUAAAAUGUCUAAAUCUCUAUACUGUAAAUGGGCUCAUCAUUUAGUUGGCCUUCAAAUCCUGAUCUGCAAAUCUUUGGCUAAUUAUUUCUCUUGUAAAUAGCUAAAUGUAAAUUUUUGCUCACAUUUUGGUAUUGAUGAUGUUGCUACUUGCAGUGUGUGUGGUGUAGUGUGAGGGGUGUAGUGUGAGGGUUGUGGGUUGUGGGGUGUAGUGAGUGUGUGAGAGAGGGGUGUAGUGUGUGUGUGUGUGUGUGUGGGGGGGGGGGUGUAGUUUUAACCCCUUUCCUCUCCCCAGAGCGUGGAGGGAGGGGGACCCUGAGGGUGGGGGCACCCUCAGGGCACUAUAGUGCCAGGAAAAAGUGUGUGUUCCUGGCACUAUAGUGGUCCUUUAAGCUGUGUGGCAUUUAAAACUGUUUAAUUUAAAGUUGCCUGUAAUACCGCAAGUCUUUGUAGACUGCAGGGCGUUUGUAGACUGCGGGGCAUCUAAAAACUGUGAUACAUUUUGGAAACUUACCUUUUAUACCUUGAGGCCUUUAGACUGUGGUGCCUUUAAAAUUGAUUUUUUUUGCACCUGGUUUCCUUUUAAACUUCCUUGCAGGCACUUUUAUUAUCUAUUUUGCUUCCCCUCUGUCCCAGUGAUUUAUUCCCGGUUCCCUGGGUGUUUAGGGGCCAUGUAGACUUCAGACAGAGUCCUCUCCUUGGUCUCUAAACCGCAAACACACUCGGAAUAGGCCCACAUGUGUGUGGUUUGUGCCUUAAUGGGCCUAAUACAGAUGACUUGCAUUGUGGGAAUACAAGUUGUGGCAGCCAUCUUGGAUAAGGUCAAUUGCCAGAAAGUUCCUAAAAUAAAGGGAAAAUUACAGUAAACAUACCACACGUAUUUGGUAAGUAUUUGCAGGGUCUCCAGACAUGGAUAAGUGCUGUCUUCAGCCUGUUUUAAAACUGUUUCACUGGUUUCUUAUAGAAUUUAACAGUGCACAUUUUUACUUAAUUCUUUACCACAGGUAAUAUUUAGUUAUUCUUAUUUGUCAGAUGUCUGAUUCUUCACCAAGAUCUGGUUAUGAGGAGAGAACAGUGGAAGAAAUCGGUUAUGCACUGACUGCCUCCAGAAGGUUGUCGCUUCAGCAUGACCUAUCACUGUGCAGCCACAUGACAUGCGGGCAGGGCUUACAAAGUAAGUUCCAGAGGCCUUAGGGGUAAGAAAAGAGGCCAGGCUUUGCCCUGUGGAAGAAGUUAUUUCCAACCCCAGAACUACACCACCUAAGUUGCAAACUUAUGGAUCAUAGGUGGACGCAGACCUGUCCAAAAUUUUACACCUACCAUUGCAGGUGGUCAGCCAGCUGUGACUUCCGCUGCUGUUUCUACAAACAUGAAAUAUGUAAUUAAAGAUCUAAAGGCUAAUAUGGAGAGAGAUAUUAAAAACCAAGAUUGAAGAGGCAGUCUGAAGUCUUCAGGUUACAACUGACUUCUUCACAGAAACUUCCCUAGAUGUAACUAGGAUAUUCUCUCGAUCAAAUGGCUCGAUCUAUAGCAGCUAAGAAAGCAUUAUGGUUCUGUUUCUGGGAUGAUGACUCAUCCUCCAAGUCUGCCCUCUACACCAUUCUAUUUGGAGUGGUGCUGUUUGGGAAAACUUUGGAUUAUUCCAUUGAAAAUGCGAAUGAGGGCUGCAAGAUAUUUGUACCUCAGGACGAAAGUUCCAAGGAUCCCAGCUCCUCAUAGUCUGACCGGAGAAUCUCCAGUGACCAGUAUUUCUGAGAUACAUGGAGCUACUGACCCUGCAGGGUAUACUCCAGAGGUAACUCAGGACAGUUGGUAAACCUGCCUUUCAAGGUUCUAAUGGAGCUAUUAAGCAGUCGUUUUGUUCUUCAGCAAUGAACAUGUCUCCUCCAGUACCAGGAGCCUCAUUUUUAAUGAUCACACAUACCUGGGCUCGUCAAACUCCGGAGGCUUGAGUGGUAUCCAUAGUCCAGAUUGAUAUAGACUGGAGUUUUUUCUUCAGGCACAGGAGUCUCCAUACUAACAGGUGUAUUAAGACCAAUGAAUCAAAAGGUAAAGCACUAUAGGAAUAAGCAUUCUGGAUGAAGAGGUGAUUUUUUUUUUUUCCCAAGAGCAGUUCCAGGAACAAGUUUUGCCUCUCUUCUGGUGCUAAGAGGAAAAAGCACAUGGAAGCCUACACUGGACCAAGAGGGGCCAACAAGAGGCUGAAUGUCAGAUUCUUCGUGAUGGAGUCAAUCAGAUCCAUAUCUCAAGCAAUCUGGAAGGAUCAUUUCCUUACCUCUAUAUAUCCCAAGUAGAGAUGUCGCGAACCGUUCAACAUGGAUGCUGUCCAGGAGGUGGGAGGGUCUGGGAGGGAGAGUCUGCUGGAGAUUGGCCGGGAUGUGUCAGCUGACCGGUGCUCGCCGCGAACGGUUCGUGGCGAGCCGUUCGCGGGAAGUUUGCGAACGGUUUGCGACAUCUCUAAUCCCAAGGAUGCUUACUUUCAGUCCAAUCUGCAGAGAUCUUCGCCAUUAGCUCAGAAGCCUCAAUGGGGCCCCAAGAAUCUUUUAUAUGUGCUUAUAGUGUAUUGAGAGUCCAGAACUCCACCUGCUUCCAUUAUCCAUUAUAGCCUUAGACCCUCAGAAGGUAGGCACACAGAGGUAUAUAGUUCUUUCAUAACUCCUAAAGUUUGGCUGCUUGAUCAAUAUCAAGAAAAGCAGUUUCACAUCAGCUCAGUGGUUAACAUUCCCAAGUGGAAAAUUCUAUGCUCUGCUUUUCCCUAUCUCAGGAACAGUUCCACAGAUUGUGAAGGUUUUCUCUCCCAGUUUCUUCAUUUCUGCUUGGUAACAGCAAGAAAAUAGAUGCAACUACUAGGAAUCCUGGCUUCCACCAGCAGACUUGUCAGAUGGGCCCAAUGGCAUCUAUGGAUUCCUCACAGAUCCUUCCUAUCUUGGUUUAACAAGAGAACGAUUAUUGGAGCCAGCCACUGACUAUGUCCCCAUCAGUGGAGUUACACCUUACCUGGUAGCUGAAAAGAGGGAUUAGAUCUCUGAGUUUCCAGUGAACAGAACCUCAUUGGUCAAUUAUUAGCUCGAAUUCCAGUUUUUAUAAGAUUGGUUGCACAGUGUUUGGACCAUGUUUCACAAUAUUUCCAUUCAUUUGUAUGGAAUUACGAGUCAUUUUCAAGGCUCUUCUUCACUUCAGAGGCUUACUGAAGAAUGAGUGGGUCCAAAUUUGCUCAAAUAUCAAUGCAACUGUAUCCUAUAUCUAUCAAGAUGGGUCUCACAGAUACGUAUUGAUGGAAUUCCAGCCCAUAAUGAUCAGGGCACAGAAGAAAAACCAGGGGCUCAGAAUACAAUGGCUGUUUGCUUGAGCCGAAUAACUGUGGACAAGGUGGAUUGGCAACCAUGUCACAACGUAUCCUCGGGGUUGACGCAGAUUGUCUGAUACCCUACAUAGAUCUGAUGGCCAUUUCUUGGAACUACCAGGUCCACAAGUAUUUUCUACAUAGGGCCCUGAGAUGAGGCACCUGUGACAGGGAGGGGUGCAAAACCAGAAUGCUCAUGUUCAGGAUACACUGACUCAAAUUUAGAAUUUUAGUCUGAUGUACAUAUUUUCCUAAAAAGGUAAUGCAAAAGGUGACAGUGGAAGACCGUGUCGACUCUAAUUCCUAUAAUAAGAUGAUUCUGGAACCUCCAAGGGAAAUUCGAGUACGUCCAGACCUAUUACAAGGCCCCUUGACACACCAGGAUCCUCAAGUUCUGGUGUUGAUGCGGGAGUCCAUAUUAAUAUAGGCAUCCCUGAGACGGUCAUUGAGAUCUUCUUACAAUCCUAUACAGGCUUUACAAAGCUUGACAUGCUUUUGUCUGUUGGAAUUACUCUUCAUUCAGGCCUUGAAAGGUUCUGUGUUAUAACACUCUAGAGGAGUACUUAGCUGCACAUCUCUUCAUAUAGGCAUUGAUUGAAAUCAUGCCUCCCUGAGUGUGGUGAAGCCAAUAUGUGACGUGCCACUGGUCUCACGGGCCCUGACUAAACCAUUAUUCGAAUCUCUAGAAGGAGCUUCCAGGGUGGUAGCACAGAAAGUGCUGUUGGCUGGUACCCCAGCAAGGUAAAUGGGUGAACUCGAGGCUUGAUCCUGUAAACCCCCUUUCACUAAUUUUCAACAGAUAUGGUCGUCUUGCAUUUGGCACCUGAAGAUCCUGCCUAUGGUGAAUGCUUAUGUGUCAUUCUCUACCUGUACUGAAGAGUACCCUUUGAGCGUUGAUGCCCCUGGUGCUUUGCUUCAUGUAAGCAACAAUUGAACAUAAGCCUCCACUGAGGGUGUUGAAACCAAUAUGUGACGUACCACUGGUCUCACUGGCUCUGACUAAACCAUUAUUUGAACCUCUAGCAGGAGCUUCCAUGAUGUUAGCCCAGACUUUGCUGUUGCUGGUGGCUGGUACCUCAGCAGGGUGAAUGUGUGGACUCCAGGUUUGAUCCUGUGUACCCCAUUUACUGAAUUUCAACAGGAUAUGGUUGUAGCACCAGAGAUCCUGCCUAAAGUGAGAGCCUUUCAAUGCCAUUCUCGACCUGUACCAAAGGAUUUUGGGGCAUUCUCCACUAGUGCUGUUACAGCGUCUCCUGGGCUUCCAUGGCAAUGGUCUCUGCUGAAACUUUGUAAAGUUGGCAUUUGGACCUCUUUGAACUAGUUUGUCCUGCAUUACAUAUUGGACAUUGAAGCAAUUAAUGAGGCACAAUUUGGACCUCACGUCCGUUCUCUACCUCAUGCUGUUGCAGCAUCGUGGGUUUCCAUGGCAAUGGUUUCUGCUGACACUUUUUGUAAGCUAGCAUUUGAACCUCUUUAGACACGUUUGUCUGGCAUUUCAUACUGUUCGUUAAAAUAGUCUAUGAUGCACAAUUUGGUACUCAAGUACUUAACUCAGUUCAUUCUUCUAUCUAUGUUGGAUAAUUCUGAUUAUUUGAUUGGCUAUUCUGUCCCUCCCUUUGUAGGCUUGGGUAUUCCCCAUGUGUAUAUGCUGCCAUGAUUAGCCCGGAAAAUGUAAAGUUUAUUCAUACUUACCGUAAUUUUCUUUUCCUGGCUAUUAUUCAUGGCAGCAUAUACUUCCCACCCAUUAAUGUCUCUAUUUAUGUACUGUAGAGCUUGUAAACUGACUGAGGACCUUAGGGACGGAGCCUCCUUUAAAAACCCUGGUGGUUUUCCUGUCCUAUCUGCUGUAAGGGGAGAUGCUAACCCAUGUGUAUAUGCUGCCAUGAAUAAUAGCCAGGAGGGGAGGGGGGGCCAGUAAUGUGGAAGGGGAGGGGGGCCAGUAAUGUAUUAGGGAGUAAAGUAACAAUGUAUUUAGGGGCAGUAAUGCAUUAGGGGAGGGGGGGACCAGUAAUGUAUUAGGGGGGGCAAUGUGAGGGGAGGGGGCCAGGCAACGGGCUAGGAGGGGGGGGCAGUAAUGUAUUGGGGGGUCAGUAAUGUAGUGGGGGAGGGGGGUGACAGCAGUAAAUUAGGGUGAGGGGGGUCAACAGUGUAUUACAUAGGGGGAAGGGGAGGUCAGACGUGUAUUCAAUGGGGCGGGGGGGGCAGAAGUGUAUUAGGGGGAUGGGGGGGCGGGAAAGAUCUGACUUGGGAAUUUGAGAUGAGGCAAUGAUUAUAUUUGUGACAUUUAUAUUUGUGGCCCAAUUAAUAUUAUAUAUAUAAUGUGUGUGUAUGUGUAGAAGGAAAUGUAACUAGAGGGAGCUACAGGGGUGAGGGAAUUAUAUUUGUAAUAUAUUAGGAACUGUGGAGGGAAGGGGGUUGGAUGAGAGCAUUAAAUAUUAUAGCAUUAAAUAUUAUAUUUAUGGUGUAGGAACUGUAUUAUAUAUAUUUUUGGUUUAGUGCAGGGGUAGGUAACCUUCAACACUCCCUUUGUUUUUUACUACAUCUCCAUUAAGGCUUGCAAAGCAUCAAGGGAAGUGUAGUCCACAACAUCUGGAGUGGCAAAGGAUGUCUACACAUUCACACACUGCCCAAUAACAAUAACAACCAUACACAUUCAACACACCGCCCACACACCAUACACAUUCAAUCAGUUCAACACCACAAUAUUCAAUACACCCAUAAUAAUAUCCAAUAAUCGCCCCAACACAACACACACACCAUACACACAUUCACACACCGUCCCCAACACACAACUACACACAUCCAACACCGCCCCAACAACACCACACACAUCCAACACCGUCAACAAUCAACCAUACAAUAUCCAACACACCGUCCCCACACACACCACACAUCCACACCGCCCCACACACCCAUCCACACCGUCCCCACACACCAUCCACACCGCCCCACACCAUCCGCCCCCACACACACACACACACACACCAUACACAUUCACACACUGACCACACACACACCAUACACAUUCACACACCAUACACAUUCACACACUGCCCCCACACACACCAUACACAUUCACACACUGCCCCCCACACCCACACACUGAACCUUUCACACACAUUGCACCACUGCUCCUAUACCCUACUACAGCCCCAUAUCCCAGCAGACUCCAGGUAAGUUGUCAAACUGUUCUUAAACGGUUUGACUACUUAUUCUGGGAGGGGGUGCCGACACUCCUGGCACCAUAACCACUACACAGAGGAGUAGUGGUUAUUGUGCAUGGAAUAUUUCUUUAAAUAAUCUACAAGUGCCCCUCCCGGGCUCAGGCUCUGGAUCCGUCACUGGUAUAUGACGUAUAUUAAUGUGUAUAUUAGUUAUAUGUAUAUGUGUGUGUGUGUAUAUAUAUGUAUAUAUAUAUAUAUAUAUAUAUAUAUAUAUAUAUAUAUAUUACACAGAGAAAUUUCAUUAAUAUGUACCAUUUGUAAUGAGCAGAUAUUGGCCCAGUCUUGUUGCUAGGUGCAUACUCCAGCACAAUAACAUAUUUAAAGUGAAGAGCACACCCACAGGACUUCAAAAUAAUUUUUUUUUACAGUUUUGCCCUACAUACAUUCACCAUUUCAGUCCCAUUAACAAGCUUUCCUUAAUUUGUCAAGGUAGUUGGACUGAAACAUUGAUUACAUGCAAAGGCACGUCUGCUUAAAAUAAAUCUGCACUUUUGUUUAUUUUGAAGCCUAUGAGUGCACUUUUUACGUUGAAGUACUUUUUAACCCCUUAAGGACGGAGCCAAAUGUACACAGUGUGAACGAAACAAAAUGUAAACAAAACCUGGCAUUUGCGCUACAUGUCUGUCCAACCGUAAUACACCUCUUUCAUAGUAAAUGCACCCACCCUUAUUAUAUAUCAUUUUAUUCAGGGGAAACAGGGCUUUCAUUUGAUAUCAAAUAUUUAGCUACGAAAGCUAAUUUAAUAUGAAAAAAAUGGGAGAAAAGAUUUUUUAGAUUUUUUUUAGUUCUACAUGACAUUUUAACUGUGAAUGUCAUAAUACUGUUUGCUUUUACUGCAAUAAAAUACACAUAUUUGUAUUCAGCAAAGUCUCAUGUGUAAAACAGUACCCCCUAUGUACAGGUUUUAUGGUGUUUUGGGAAGUUACAGGGUCAAAUAUAGCACGCCAGAUUGGUUACGUUGCCUUUGAGACUGUAUAGUAGCCCAGGAAUUAAAUUUACACCCAUAAUGGCAUACCAUUUGCAAUAGUAGACAACCCAAGGUAUUGCAAAUGGGGUAUGUCCAGUCUUUUUUAGUAGCCAUUUGGUCACAAACACUGGCCAAAGUUAGCGUUAGUAUCUGUUUGUGUGUGAAAAAUGCAAAAAACGCCAAUUUUGGCCAGUGUUUGUGACUAAGUGGCUACUAAAAAAGACUGGACAUACCCUGUUUGCAAUACCUUGGGUUGUCUACUAUUGCAAAUGGUAUGCCAUCAUAGGGGUAAUUUUCAUUCUUGGGCUACCAUAGGGUCUCAAAGGCAACGUAACCAAUCUGGCGAAUUUUAAUGUGAAAAAAAAAUGAAACACAAGCCUUAUAUUUGACGCUGUAACUUUUGAAAACACCAUAAAACCUGUACAUGAGGGGUACUGUUGUACUCGGGAGACUUCGCUGAACACAAAUAUUUGUGUUUCAAAACAGUAAAAAGUAUUGCAGCAAUAAUAUCAUCCGUGUAAGUGCUGUUUGUGCGUGAAAAAUGCAAAAAACGUCACUUUUACUGGCGAUAUCAUCGUUGUAAUACAUUUUACUGUUUUGAAACACUAUUAUUUGUGUUCAGCGAAGUCUCCCGAGUAGAACAGUACCCCCCAUGUACAGGUUUUAUGGUGUCUCGGAAAGUUAUAGGGUUAAAUAUAGUGCUAGCAAAUUAAAUUCCCUUUACUUUCGGCAUGGGUUGUCAGGCAGGUCCUGCUAAUUGUAAUUAAUUAGGAUACCUAAUUAUGUAAAAAUAUUACAUAAAUAUAUGUGUAGAAUUAAUAUAUGUAUAUAUAUACAUAUGUGUAUAUAUACAUAUAUAUAUAUAUAAUUUUUUAAAAUAUUUUUAUUUAUAUAUAGGUGUAUAUAUUUAGUGAUAUAUAUGUAUAUAUUUAUGUAUAUAUAUAUAUAUAUUAUUUCGUUCUAUGUGUAUUUUGAUAUAAAUAUAUAUAUAUAUUAAUAUCACAAUACAGUUAGAACGAAAUAACAAACAUCUAUAUAUUUUUUUAUUAUUUAUUUUUAAUUAUUUUUUUAAUUAAAUUUUUUUUACGUAUUUAAAUUUUUUAUAUUAUAUAUAAAUAUAUAUAUAACAAUAAUUAUAUAUAUAUAUUUAAUCAGUAUUAGUCUACGUGUAAUUUGAUAGUAAUAUAUAUAUAAAUAAUUAUAUAUAUUAAUAUUUAAAUACACUUCGUGUAUGUGUAAGUGUGUGUGUGUGUGUGUGUGUGUAUAUAUAUAUAUAUAUAUAUAUAUAUACUUAGAUCAUAUAUAUAUAUAUAAUAUAUAUGAUCUAAGUAUAUUUUAUAUUUAACUGUAAUUUUUUUUUUUUUACUAAUAUUUUAUUUAUUUUUACAGGACAGGGGGCAGAGACAGUGUCAGCCAGUGAUUUUACAUCACUGGCUGACACACAGGAUCAGUGAUCACAGUGACUGCCUGUCACUGUAAUCACCUCCUGCAGAUUGGGUAAUUGGCCACAGGGGGGAGUGCCUGGGUGGUACAAGCACUCCCCCCUUCCAAUCUGCAGGGGGAUCCUUGUGCCAGUUACAUGUGUCAGCCAAUAGUAACACCGAUCGCAGUGACAGGCUGUCACUGCGAUCAGAGCGCUCUGAGAUCGCAGUGACAGCCUGUCACUGCGAUCUCAGAAGGUGCAGAUCGCGGUCACUGACCCCAGGGGGACUGCCUGGGGGGCCAGGUAAGUCCCCCGACCGCGAUCUGCACGGGGAGAGCCGCUGGCCACGUGUGUCAGCCGAUUUGAAAUCGGCUGACACAUGUUAAAAACUGAUCUCAGUGACAGCCUGUCACUGCGAUCAGUGACUGCAGAUCGCGGUCACCGGCCACAGGGGGGGUUGCCUGGGGGGCCGGGCAUCCCCCCCGACCGCGAUCUGCAGCGGGUGAAUAGCGCCGGCCACGUGGGCGGCCAUUAAAGUGAGGGCGUACUAUUACGCCCGCCGGCGUUUAGAGCCGGCUCCUGCAGGGCGUAAUAGUACGCCCUCAGGAUUUAAGGGGUUAAUUUUAAGUUAUCUGUUCUAACUCUGUAUCUGCACACUAUGCUGGUGCGACGCAUUAUGGGGCUGGUAAAUAUUUUUUUUCCAGGGCCGCUUUUAAUUCCCAGUCCGGCCCUGUAUACAAGAGGGGGUUGGCUGCACUCACCUGAACAUGCAUAAAUGGGGGUGCUGCUGGGGGCCAAAAAUACAAUACACAAGAUCCAGCGCACUCACCUAUCCACUAAACAGCAACUUCAAUGUUGAAAGAUUUUAUUUGUUUUUUUAAAAACGCCUAAUCUAGGCAAAAAUAAUGGGGCUUUAGUUACAUUAUAUGAUCAUACAUUGCAUAAGCCUGCCACAACUUCAAUGUACCCCAUCUUUGGUUGCUGUUUAGUGGAUAGGUGAGUGCGCUGGAUCUUGUGUAUUGUAUUUUUGGCCCCCAGCAGCACCCCCAUUUAUGCAUGUUCAGGUGAGUGCAGCCAACCCCCUCUUGUUUUUAUAUAUAUAUAUAUAUAUAUAUAUAUAUAUAUAUAUAUAUAUAUAUAUAUAUAUAUAUAUAUAUAUAUAUAUAUAUAUAUAUAUAUAUAUAUAUAUAUAUAUAUAUAUAUAUAUAUAUAUAUAUAUAUAUCUAUAUAUCUAUAUCUAUCUCUAAACCCAGACCACUAGUCUCCACCAGGCUUGCCCAUAAUCUGGAAGUUAUUACUGAAGUACGCAAAGAUCUUCUCUUAUUCUCCCCAACCCCCAAUAACUUGUGGAGCUCAGUGGCAUAUUUUAAGGUGAUUAAAGCCAAAUGGCCACCUGGUCUUUAUUUAGAAGAAGCACUAAUCGUUCAGUUGAAAAAAUUUUAUUUAUUUAUUUAUUUAUUUUUUUUGUACAAAGCUAGGAAACAAGUAAAUGUAAACCUGCACUGUGCAAUAUGUGUAGAGUUAUAUCCGAUAAACCUUUGUUCUGUAACUAGGGUAGAUAUUGCUGGGAUACAGUGAUUGUAAAUCGUUUAACCAGGUUUGUCUUGAAUUUAUUCAGUGUAAGGAAUGGUGUAAAAACAACACUUUUUGAUACUAUAAAGCAUACUUCAGUUAAGCUUCUCAACUUUUAUGUAAUGCUGUGUGAUACAUACGUUAAGACUCAUUAUUUCACAUUAUAAAAUACUAUGAAUUCAUUAAACAGAACGCUUUCUCCAACAACUGCAUAGCUCUGCAUACCAAUACAUUGUCCUUCAACUCGCCAUAAUGUCUUCUUAAAAUUUUAUCUCCGCAGACUCAUGCUUGGUAGAGGACUUAAGCGCAAGGUGAAUGAUUGCGAAACCAUGAACGACUUCUCUAGUGUCUGUGAUUGCAACCGAAAUAACAUGCCAUACACUCAUCAAAGGCAGCUGGUGCUAAACAUGUGCCUCAGUAAGCUACAAAACUAUAAAAUGUUAGUGGAGCCUAACCUGCAUCGAUCUGUUCUUAUAGCCAAUACAGUUAGACAAAUUCAGGAAGAAACCAGGCAAGAAGCUAGCCAGCUGCCAGGGAUUGUAUGUAAUGAUGUUGCCUCCAACGCCAUACUCUACACAGGUAGCGAUUCCUGUGAGAACUCCAUAAACUUGGCUUGUGACACAAGCCCAGACAUUUCAAAAGACUCCUGGAGUUUGGAGAACCCUGCUGACUGUUUGAUGGAAGUUACAGAUGAUGACAUGUCCUCGGCCAUAUCCUCUAUUCUCCGAGAUUUAGACUUUAUGGAGGACACCAGCCCAGCUCAAACCCCGCUCCUUGUGCCAGAAGAUCAACCAAAACCUCUGGACAAUGGAAGCAAAGCGGGGGACAAACAAGACUUAAAAGGAGCGGAAUGUAUGUUUGGUUCUUUUGAAAUAACGAGUUCUACGAGUUACUUAAAGGAUCUGUCUAUUGAUGACAUUUUUGAAGACAUAGACACAUCUAUGUAUGAUUCAGACUUUAGUUUCUCUUCUUUAGUUUCCCCAAGAAUGCAGCCUACCUCGGAGGAGGCUCUCAAGAUGUUUACUUUGUGCAAUUCACCUUCAAACAAUAAUUUGCAAGUUUGCAGAACGGAUUUAAAUGAUUUGGACCAUAUCAUGGAAAUUUUAGUUGGGUCAUGACACCAAAUUUCUUAACCUCAUUACUGUAUUUAUCAAAUACACAUCUAGUGUUCAUUUUUGGGAAAAUAUUUUAAAAUUCCUACAUAAUUUGAAGAGACUUAUAUCUAAAUAUCUUAAGAUGUGUAGUUUACAGUGCUCCCAGCUCGAGACAGUUUCGAUUUUACGUUUAUACUUUUUGGGUUGGACACUUCCUAUGGAUUCCUGCUAAGUGACUGUUCAGAGACUUUUGCAGCAACCUUUUUAACUGGAAAAUACUGAAAUUCAACAAAGCCCUACAUUUUCAAAGAUUAGUAAAACAACUAUUUUUGUAAGCAUCUUUCUAAAUUUUCCUGGUCACCUCUUGUAUAUAGCGGACUCUACCUCUUUAAGGCCAUGUGCUAAACCAUUUCUUGUGCUGUAUCUUUGCUUCUGUUAUAUUUUGUUUGUAGGAAGAUGUAGUUAUUUUAAGUCACCUUUUCAUUUGCAGAUCAAAUGUUAUCUUGUAAAUUAUUUUAGAUAUAUAUAACUUUUUUUUUUUUGCCUUGAGUAACUUUUUUUUUUUUUCAUUAUUAUAUUUUGUAGGCAAAUUGGCACCUUUGCAUUUGAGGCAAUCUGUUGAUUUCUUCUCUUGAAGGGUGUGUAGAUUUCAUACCUUUCCCUACCUCAGAAAUCUGAGUUUUUGUCCAACUCCCAAAUCUCUGCUAGGAUUUUUUUUUUUUUUCCUUGCAUAACAUGUUUAUACGCGAUGGUCUCUCAUUAACUUUGUACUAAAGGACUAGUAAGUACAUUUGAAUCUUUUUAUUUUUUGUUUAUUCUAGCUUAAUUAAUAAGCUGGAAUGAAAAAUAUUUUGGACUAUUGGCUUGUUGUAUUCAUGAAUUGUAUAAAGAAAUUAUGUUAAAAUAUGAAAUAACCAUGUUUUUAACAAACUAUGCAUCUUUAUCUGAUUCAGAUUUGCUCUAAUUUUGUAUUUAAACGCUGCACCUUUCCUCUUCUAGUAGGUUAAGCAAUGCUUGCCGUGCGAUGACAAAAAAAGAAUUUAGAAAUGUACUUGUAUGCAUAAAAUGAUUUCAAACCCAAGUUAGAUUUACCAUAAGAUUUGUUGCAUAUUAUACACCGAUCAGCCACAACUUUAAAACCACUGACAGGUGAAGUGAAUAACCUUGAUUAUAUCGUUACAAUGGCACUUGUCAAGGGGUGGGAUAUAUUAGGCAGUAAUUAAACAGUCCAAUUAUGAAUUUCAUGUGUUGGAAGUGGGAAUAACGGGAAAGUAAACUCUUCGGCAAAGUCCAAAUAGUGAUGGCAAGAUGACGGAGUACAAGCUUCUACAAAACGGCAGGUCUUGCAGGGUGUUGACUUUUUGUGGGAUGUGCUAGAACAACAAAUCUCAUCCAUUGAGGCCCCAUCUAACAACUUUCAGGACUUAAAGGAUAUGCUGCUAAGGUGUUGAUGCCAGAUACCACAGGGCAUAUUCAGAGGUCUUGUGGCAUCCAUGCCUUGAUGCUUCAGAGCUGUUCUGGCAGCACAAGGGGUACCUACAUUAUAUUUGGCAGGUGGUUUUUAUGUUGUGGUGGAUCACUGUAUGGAUAAUGCACUCACAAAAGCAAUUGCAUUUUGCCAUCAAAAAGUUUAUUUUGCUGUCUUUUUAUCCAUAAUAUUUUUCCAAUUUUUAUUAUAAAAGGAAUGAGCUUGUUUUGUCACAAUGCAUAUUUAUGGAAAUUUGUAAAGAGACUACUUUUCUAUUUUGUAAGUAAGCUAACCAUAUAACAAAAUAUAUGAAGCCUUUUGCUAUAAAUUUACCUAGUAUGCACCUACUUAAAACAGUGCCCUGUUUUUUCCUCCAAUGUGCUAGCGAUUUGGCAGUUGUUUUGUGUAUUUGAAAUGAAAUUGUGCGAAUGAUACUUGUUUACCUCUGUAAUAAUCUGCUUGAUAAAAAAACCAAGAGAGAAUAUUUGUCAUUUUGGUCAGAUAACCGUAGACUUUGUUGCCAAUACAUAUGUCUUAUGAGAAAUCCAAUACUUGCAAAAAAUGUUUUAUGAUUGUAUGGAAUUGUGUGUUUUGUUUUUGUUUGUUUUUCACUGGCAGUGUUAGAAAAAAGAGAGAACCUUUGUGUAUUUUUUUAAUUAAUUUUAUGCCACUGGGUAUUCUGCUGUGCCCUGUAUCAAAUGCCAUGUGACUUAUCCCACCAAACUCAUUGUUUUGCUUUGGACAUUUCCGAGUUUGGCACAAAGUUAAAUAUUCAGAGCUCUGUACGUGAUGUUCGUUACCAUCUAAUUUGGAGGCCAUUCUAUAUUCUUAUUUCCCACCCACCAUCUUUUCCCCUGCAGAAAAGUACCUGCUGCAUUGCACUGACCAUAUAUAUAUUUUCUAUAAAAACACAAUAAAAUGAACAUUAUUACCUUUACAUAUAAGUGUGUGCAGGAAGUUGUGCCUGUACAGCUGUCCUGCAUAUAGAACAGAAUAGACACUCAAAAGGGGUAUUUGAAUAGCUUUUUAUUCAAAGCUCUCAGGGUGAUCUUUUGGCUUCAAUAAUAUUUACUUAAGCCUUGGAAAAGGACGUUGGUAGCCAAAACGUUGCCUUGCAUAGAAAGGAUACAGAUAUAUCAACGCACGCCCUUUUGAGUGCCAAAUUUCUUGCAGUUAGUUUCAUGUGGUGCUCUGAACGGUGUGUUUGCCGGUAGGUGCUGUGUAUUUAUACUAUCUUACUGUCAUGUGGAAGGGCAAACUUCCAGUUUUUAAAUAAAACGAGUUAUAAACCUUACAAUUCUGAUUUUUGGCCUACAAGUUGAUUGUCAGCCUUCCCAAACUCUUAUUAUUCAUUCCUUCUGUCUUGUUCAUGCAAUUAAUAGUAGGAGCCUUCCUUCCUAUGUUAGUAUGAAACAAAUGCCAUACCUCUUCUCAUAAUCAGCAUUGCUAUGCCCAACCUCUUAGUGACCAGGAGUGAGGCCAAUCACUUUGUAGCAAAGCAGGCUUGAUAAACCCAUACCAUGAAUGGGUUAAGCCUUGCUGGAAUGAGUAGGCUAUUUGCUGAAGUUAACUGCUGCUGUCCUCAAAUAACCCCAAGCAGAUUCUGCGUAUUGAAACCAAGAGGAGAAAUAUAGAGACUGAUAACCUCUUUUACGGAUCCAUUUUAACCGCCAGGCAUCUGCAUUUUUAUAUUGUUUAAUACUGGUAAACGUGGUGAAUAAUGCAUUAUUUUUGUUAAUAGAAAUACGUUGCCUCAAUAGAUGCGUGCCAGUUGCCAUAUUUUCUUUAACAUUCUGAGUUGAUAGUGUUUAACAUUAGGACUGAUGUAAAACCUGCUCAAGAAAUCCCACUGCGGCUUGGUAGUUUGAUAAGAGGUUCACCUAGUAAACGGGGCUUACCAUGAGCAGAUAAGCGUUCCACAAUUGAGGUCAAUACUGCAGAUGUGCUACUGCAUUUUUAUUUGGUUCAGUAAUUAAUUGCAUGGUUGUAAAACCUGUAGGAACAUCAUUUUAAAGGGUAUGUAAAAUCUAGAUCCAUCUGUGCUCACGGUGUACAGGAUACCAGACUAGUGAGUCACCAAGUCAGUGCACAGGAAGCUAGCAUGAAUUCAUGCAUACAUACAAAGCAUAUGUGUUUAUUUUUGUACUCUUGCAUGCUCUUAUAAGUCAACAGAAAUAGGCUGAUUAUUUAUAUGAGAAUAGGUAAGGCACAAUCUAGGGACAACUGGUUCAGAUUCAGGGUGUAGCACAGAUGGGUCAUAAUUGUGGACAAGAUGGGCAAAUGCUGUGGAACCUCUGUUAGAAUCUCUGUCUUCUUAAACUGUUUAUCUGCAAACUUGCUAUCUAGAAAUAGCAGCAGGAAAUGAUAAUACAGUCACAAUGCUGUAUGUUUCAGGGUGAUAGGCCAAACAAAAAUCGCACACACACUUUUCGUGUGAGAUAUUGAGUUUAAAAAAAAAAAAGCGCUACUGAUGGAUGCAAACUUACAGGGGCACUAUAACCACUACAGCAUAUCUUGGUAAUCUGACAAAAAAAAAAACCUGUCUAACCUCCUACCUAAAGCCUAGCUCCUCUAAUGUACUUCUGCAUUAUCUGUGUGAAACCAAUGCCAGCAUUGGAUAGUCUGUCUGUUGCAGGUAUACCAUCCAUGUUGUAGGCGUCAUGGAUCACAGUAUAAUAAUUUAGAUGUAAGUAAAAAGGUCCAGGCACUCCAGGAGAUCGAUGAGACCAAGUUUGAUGAAAUCCAACAUUCCCCAACCUUUCCACUUACAUGGUCUUUUUCAAGCAACGUUACGGCCAUUUACGUGGAAACGUUGCUGAUUGUUGGGUUUCAUUAAACUUUUCCUCAUCGAUCUCCGGGAGUGCCUGGAUCUUUUUUUCUUAUAUCCACGGGUAAUUGGGAGCUGGUUCCUGGUUUGGUUACACCCAGGACUGUAUCUUUUAGGAUUGAGUGCAGUUCUGGAUUUGGUUUCACUGUAUAAUCCUUUGCUGGCCUGACUGCCAAUCUGAUCAGCUGCUGUAUACUCACGCUAGGACAUGAGCGCUUACAUGGUCUAAUGACCAAGAUCAAUGUUGGUAUUUCUGGAAAUACUAUGAAACUACCAUCGCUUUAAACUUUCUAAUGGUCAGACACUGUCUUGCAAAUCACAAACUGAUCUUUCUGUAGAAGAAUGUUUGUUUAAUUUUCUUUUAUAAGGCAACUUUUGAACAUUGAAUGGCUUCCAGUACUACUAAACUUUGUGAGGAGGUGUGUUUUAGGACAUGGCAGUUGACCCAUCACUAAUGUUCAUCUUACAGUUCAACUUUGUGGAACAUGUAACAAU